CUACGCUGAUUGAGCACCUCUGCUGAUAUUUCGUCAAUUGCAUUCCUAUUGGGAAGUCGAUAGCCGAAACAGCCAAUCGAAACAGGGGACGAAACAGCCAAUGGAAUCAGGAAAAUGGAAAAGAGUGUUUCCCAAAAAGAUUGGGUUACACAUGCCUGCAGCCACAGAUUCAGUCACAGCUGGACUCAGCUCAAAUAAGUUUGCUGGACCAGCCAUGCAAAGAAAGAAGCAAACAAACGUGUAUUUUUCCUCAAAAACGGCCACAUCCAUGGAGCCAGCCUUACAAAGCAAGAAGCGGGUUGAGCCUCCCUUUCUGAAGACUGUACCGGCCAAAAAUGAUUUUGAUGGUGUUCCACUGCAGAGUAGAAAACAUGUUCCCUCCCCGUCCCAGAAACCAACUCCCUCCGAGCCUAUAAUGCAAGCUAAGAAGAGGAAUCAUACUGAUUUCACUAAGACCGAGCUUUUUAAACCUUCCAAUAUCUCUAUGGAUACUGUGAACCUGCAAAGUAAAAAACGUGUCGAGACUCCAGGAGAAAACAAACCCAUUCAGUCUGAACCACCACUUCAGAGCAAACGCAGGACUCCUGGCAUUCAGACAAGCAUGAUGAAUGGUUUCCAUGAUGACCAUGGCCAUGCAGCAGAUGACUUCAUGUUGCUAGGUAACCAGGACAAGUUCUCGCAGAAUGUAAAGUACAAAGUGAAGCCGUCCACCUAUAGCAGAGAUAUCUCCCCACCUAAGCAGAUGAAACUUCAACUGAAGGAGAACAGGGACCCCAGCCCCUCUAGAGCUCCUGUUGUUAACACCAGCCAGUUCCGUCAACCUUCCACCCCACUGGCUCCACAGAGACCUAAGGUGCAAACAGAGCAGAAACAGGAACCAGCCAAGUCAAGUGUGCCACAGGAACCCAAAGUGUCAAAGGAACCCAAAGUGACAAUCAGUCCUAAGAGAGUUGAACAAGAAGUGAGGCAAAGCAGAAUUAAAGAUGAUGAGGCUAAAAAUUUAAACCAAGCUGGACCGGUGAAGGAAUCUCAGAAAGACAAGCGUAUUGAACACAUGAACGAGUUUGCACAGACCAACAUGGAGAAGGGUGUGGCUGACUCUGCAUUAGAAGCACCUUCUGACUAUGCCCUGAGAUACAAGACAGGUAUCUCUGCCCCGCGGCCCACCAAGAAGAUAUCAGAGUAUCAGAAGCAGUUCCAAUGGAGGUCUGGCCCUCCCGCCUCCCCACUUCUCAAGGCUGAACAGGAUAUGGGCCCUAAACAGGUUGUGUACAACAACAACCCACAGCUGUCACCACCAAAGAAAUCAGUGGUUCCCAAGGAAACUGAGUACCAGAAGCAGUUUCGCGCAUUCAAGCUGGUACCUGUGCCAAAAGAAGAACCUGCAGAAAUGCCACCAAGAAAAAUUGGCAAGCUGAUGAAGAGUAAGAGCAUGGAAGACUUGUCUCCAGCGGAGAUCAGGCCAGCAGGUUCUGCCCCCGUGGUGGGCCCCAACAACAAGCGUCUGACCCAGGAAACGGACCAGAAGGCCCCAGAACUUGCACCAGAGGUGCCCAGGAAAAAGAACAGGCAGUACCGCAGUGAAUACAAUUCCAACUAUCGAUCGCCGACCAGGUUUGACUAUGUACGCGGUUCCUGGCAUGGCGCUGCGCCACCUCAGCUCAAGAUGAGUUUGCCUGAGGAGUCCACUCGUGGCCCCGUUCUGUCCAACUGGUUUGCGGAGGUGAUUGAACUCCGGCGCAAGGCCCAGGAGUAUCGACAGCGUGCGCUGGGUACACACUUCUCGCGUGAGCACCUCGUGCAGCUGAUGGCAAAGCAGAAUGAUCUGUGGGAAGCCUCGACGUCGACCGCACGCAGCACGCUGUCAGCCCUGUCCCUGGAGUCCGGUCUGAACACCCACAAGGCUGGGGCUCAGAGGCUGGCUGAAGUAGAAAGGGGGCCGACCAAUCGAGCUCCGCGAGAGGGUGGCUCAAAUGCGGCAACCAUGGCGUCAGAGGAUGAGGGCAGCACAGGACGCCUCAGUGUGCUGGAGGAGGGGGCGGAUGUCGCGCCUCCCAAGAGACAGGCCUGGGCGGAAGUGGCUGGUCAGGAGGAGACUGGGAAACAGACACCCUCUUCAUUCUCUGAUCGUGACGAGUCCCCAGCUCGGCCUGCCAAGGUUGGUGCCCAGUUGGUGUCUACUGGGAACCAGCGCCCACGCCACCACCUGGACCGGACCACCCCCUCACAGGACGGGGCCCUGAUAGGGAGCUCCGAGACCGCUAAACCAAAACGCACCGGCAAGAAGAUGGUCAGCAAGUCUUUGGACAGUGGAUCUGUGGGUGAUAAUCCCACCCCAAGGGAGGAGACUCCAGUAGAACACCAGCCCUUAGCUGGACAGAGAACAUACACGGCCUUCCAGGGUGACAUCAGUGCCAGCCCCACCCUGGGACUGGCCACCAGGGACUACCACGCCCUCCGAGACGACUCAGCCUCCACUGACCGCCCCCUGGUGACCAAGUAUGUCGAGAAUAGGGCACGCCCACGCCUUACACCAGGUUUGCUGUCAGCCAUCGAUGAACGAUUUGGCAACACAUACAACAAACCAUCGCAGUGGGAAGGCCUCAAUGUCCCCCAAGCACAUGCAGAGGAAGAUGUGCUGUCCACAUCUCUACAGUCCAUUGCUUCCAGUAUAUCUCUUGCAUCAGACACACUGGAGAGGGCCAGGAAACGCAAGGAAUUCUGGGGCAAGAAAUGAACUUCCAGUUCAAGGGAGAGCACUCUAGAAACAUUUAAUUAUUCCAUUUUAGUUGAAUAGUUUUUUCUGUGGUUUGUUGAAACAGUUUAUUUUGUAGUUAUAUGAUAAAUCGUAUUGCUAGUUUGGUUUUAAAUGUAAAAUACAAUAUUUAAAGAAGUAAAAAACACCUUCAGGAUAAACUACAGUUUUAUGAUAUAAACUUUAAAUUUAACUGAAAAUUUAAACUUUAUUUUAAGCAUUGUUACUGUCCAUGAUUGUGUAAUAUAGACAUUUUUGUUAAUGAUACACAUAUAUAUAUUUAUAGCUCAUUAGAAAUGCUCAUCAAUUUUGUAUGGGAACAUUUUUUUAAAUCAUGUUACCUGAACAUUUUAACCAAUUGUCAUUGGCAAACGAUAUUAACACUGUUUUAAGUUUGCCAAUAUUGUCUGUGAUAGUUUUUAUUUUAUUGUAGAUAGAGAAAGUAUUAUAUAUUUAUAUAUAUUUUUUAAAUUUUUAUCUUAGUUUUUGUUUGCUUGCACACUGUUCUGUUUUACAACAUGCAUAUUUUGAUAGCACAAGAUAGAAUUCUCCAUUACUUUAAAUCACUGUCUCAGCCACUUUGUUUAUGCUUUUGCAAGAUUUUUAUUAGCAACAAGUCAAAAUGCAUGUUAAAAUGGUAUAUUUACUUUUAUUAAUGUCAAUGCAAAACUUGUUUUAAAAAUGGUGGACUUUUUUCUGGAAUAUUCGUAAUAUUUUUCUAAAACUUUGUAAGUGAUAAAACAAGAGAAUAAUAAUGAACAAUAAAAUGUGUUAACAAGUAUUUAUGGUGUGGUGAUAAAUUAAAGACAACAAAAUCCGCAUAUUAUUUGAAGUUCAGAUUUAUGCCCCAUCGCAAUUAAAUAACACAAUAAAAACUGAUUGGACAUUUGUAUAGUAUUAGUAUACUUUUGCAUGGAGAAAAUGCCAGCUAUUGACUACAGUAACAUGUUCAAGUAAUUAUUUGAGGUACCAAUAUACAAUAUUGUUUGUUGAAAGUUCAUGUCCUCAACAGACUAAGCACAAUUCUUGUCAGUUUAUAAUUUUAUUUAUACAUUAGAGAUUAGAAUUGUUUUUUUCAGAUUACAUGGCAUGUAUUAUAUUUUCUAUGUCAACAGAUGCAUCAACAUUGAUCCAACUAUCAAAAAGAUUUGUAGUUUCUUGCAUGAAAAUGUACCAUGUAAAGUUAUUACAACUGAUCACAUGUAUUGUAUCAAAUAUUAUAAAUCCUUUUAAUUAAGAUCUUCAAGAUUUACUUAUGACAUAAGACAAAUUUCUAGUUUGUUUUAUGGUAUGCAUGUAGCACUGUUUAUUAGUGGAAAACCUUUUUCCACUGUUUGUCAGUAUUUUGCACAAACAUCAUGUACAUGUUUGUUGGAUUUGUUGUGCGCAGUAACCAAAAUAUACAUAAACUUUCA